AUGCCAGGUUGUUCAAGCCUAGACGGGGGAAGUCGAGAUGCAGAGGUCGGAUUCGAACAACGAACCUUCCGGCCAGCACGAUACAAACACUGGCGCGAUCAGUUGCUCGACCGAAACCAACACUUACCACGUAUCAAGUUGAAGCUGUUGGGAUCAACAAUGGUUGGCAAAUCCCAACUGGCUAACUCCAUCAAAACAGGUUUUCUGUCUGGAUUUGUAAGGAAAAAGUUGACAACCGUAUCAGAAUUGACAGGUUGGACAAAUGAACCAGAUUUGGAAAGUUUGGUUGUUGGUCUGUUUGCCGAGUGGGUGAAUGACCCACCCACUCAACCCUGCACUGACGAUGUCACCUCGAUUGGUGAUGAAACAUGUAAAUCUCAACAAGGCACUGAGGUUUACAUGGGGCAGACUGUAACGGAAUUGCACAACAGAAUUGGUGGGUAUAAAAGAAGGAUAAACAAACCACCAAGGAAUGCAGAAGAAUACCAAACGCUGAUCAACGACUCAGCGAUGGCGGUAGAUGCUUUUGACACCGGGCAUAGAAUAGAUCUGGAGAAUGUGGAAGUUUUAAGACGGGGACUGCGAUUCAGACCACAGUGGCUGAUAGCUGAAAUAGCUCAAUCCACCCCUUUCAAUGACUCCUUCUGUGUACUAGGACGUGCAGUUCCCGAGUGCAAGAAGCCGGAUCCCGUGGUUCGUCUAAUAUCCGCCAACAGACACUGCCUUAUGAGUGGAACAUGGACCCACAACAUGAACACUACACUCGUGGAAUCGAGGUCCACUUUCAGCAUUUGGGACUUCUCAGGCUACGAACCAUACUAUUUUGUCUACGAUCAUUUCAUUGGAGACGUGAAUUGUAUUCACAUGGUCCUAUUCAAUCUUAUGGACUCGGUGGCUUGGCGCCGUGCAAAUGUCCUCUUUUGGCUGGACUUCCUCUGCGCCCGGAUACCAAAUAGCGAACCAUAUCUUGUCGGUGGAAAAUCGAUAAAGCCAGUCCACGUGGUGUUGGUCGCAACACAUGCCGACUGUUCACUUUGUCCAAAGAACGAUGCCGGUAUUUACGAGGAUGAAGGAGCGAGUCGACUGCUCCAGGAAGUUCGUAAGCUAUAUGCUUACAAGUUGGACAUUUGUGAUACCGUCUAUUGUCUCGAUGCCAGGGAUGCCACGUCCGCUGAACUAAAGCAGCUAAAAUGUUAUCUCACGGACACUCGAAAUUCCAUAAUUCAAACAUUGCCUCGGAUCAGCACCCUAUUAACCGAAGUCACACAUGCCCUGAACGGAUGGUGUGCAGAUCGCAUAAUUCCGAUGGACUCGUUGGAAAAAUUCUCUGAUCGCAUUCGAAAAGAUGUUAAUCCGCUCUGCACAGACGACCAUCUGAACACUUUGAUCGAGCACCUACAGUAUACUGGCAGUAUCAUAUACAUUGAAUCCGCAUCAGCUGACGAUAUGAUUAUACUCAACCCAAACUGGUUACUGAACGACCUACUUGGCGAAUGCUUCAGCCAUGAGAUGUUCCGUCGUUCUCGUGUCACCGGAAGCUUCACGGUCGACGACUUCCAACUGUUUGUUCGUGCACAAAAUACGGAGAAACUGAUCGUACUGAUGGAAGCCCUCGGGAUUUGUGUCUGUUGUGUGGUACACGAACAGCCUUCACAUGAGGUCAGGUCACGUUGCAAAAAGUCUCAAUCGUGCAGAAAACCAGAUUUCUUCCAACAAGCCAGUCGAUCGCACUCAACCACUCAGUGUCUGCCGGCAAAAAACGUAGUAUCUGCCUAUGUGGCACGUGAUAUCAUCUCCAUGGGAGAUGAGGUACGAAGAGAAGAUAUUCAAAUCGAAAUCCCUCGACUCAACUUGCUGCCGAUGGAUUUGCCGGAAUGGAGUGAGUUGAUGACGGAUCAAGAGCUCCGCUACUCGGGCUAUCUUGUGUCGUCCAGCCCCGGAGCGAUGUUACAUUUAAUGCCACGAAUUCAACUACAGUUGCGCUAUUCGACCAAUGAUUUGUUGCAUGAGACAAAGUGGGUCGGAGAGGGAGCGGAGAGAUCACGUGAUAUCUCAACACGUUGGGAUCUGUCACAGUGGCUGCAUGGAUCAAAGCUAGUUGUAUUGAAGGGGGCUGUGGAGGUCCUCAUCAACAUGCACCAAGAUAACACUAGCCUCAUAUUGCUGGCUCGGUGUCUGGUCAAACACGCUCGAAGGACGUUUGGUUUGUUGCACAAUAUCAUCUACCUUAUCUGUCAACAUCUGGAUUCAAUUUGUCCAGGGCUUGAACUUCGUGUUGACUUGCUCUACGAUCCCCAUUCCGCUCGAGACCUCACGCGACUGACCACAUGGGAUUCAGCCGAUCUGGCCGACUCGGUUUGGAGACUAUUUUUGCGAGAAACCAGUCACCUUGCAAAGAGGGAUUCCACUUCGUCCCAAAAACGGUCGCCACUUGAACCAAACGAUGAAGACCUACUGCGUUUUCAGAUACAUUCUGAAGAACAGUGGGAUGUGCCGGAACAACUUGUGGAUGACUUAUGUCUAGGUGAUUCACAUCUAAUUUCCCAGAUAAUAAGAAAACAUUGUUCCUCUCUGGGGGAUUUGAGACAUGCCGUGAUCCGCGAGAUUGCGAGCCACCUCGAAUCGGAAGGAUAUUCGGAGCACCAGUUACAACAGUUUGCAGCUGACCUUGGUGUUACAGAUCCUCUGAACAAGUCACUGAUGACUCAGAGUGGCACAAGACAGCAACUGAGUUCCACUGCUGUUUUACUGGGAGCCCAACACAACUCGACCUUUACAGUCGAACGGCUGAUAAAAGCACUGUGUCGCCUUGGUCGCAAGGACCUUGUGCAAUAUUUGUAUCGUGCACACUUCUUUCUCACCAUCGCACAUACCACGUCGAUGACUUAGCGUAUAUCUUGACCAUAACUUUCAACGCACCCAUCAAAACCACCGCUGCCCUAAAGACUCGUGCAACUCAGGUCUGAGAUUUUUGGGUUGGUACACGUUAACUUUCUUUAUUCUUUACCUCUAACCAAGAUUAUAUGCUAUACA